AUGGUUGACAUCAUGAGAAGAUUAUUAGAGUGCAAGUCACCAAGAUCAAUGUUAGAGGAUUUCUUCAAUCGUUAUGGAGCUGGAGAGGCAGUGGCAAUGUGUUUAAUGCGGGUUGCAAGAAUAGUUCAUACUGACCAUAUGAUAACUAAUGUUGUUGUUGACAAGGCAGUUGAAGCUUUGAGGACCCUACACUUGUUGGGUUCCCUCUUAUGUGAAGAGGGAAAAUUGUAG